UAGCAGAUGUAAAGAAGAGAUGGGCUAAACUCAUACUUACACUACAUCCUGAUAAAGUACCAUUCAACUGGAAGGGGGAUAAGAGAGAGGCUGUACAGAAGGUUAAUGAGGCUAAGAAGAAGGUGAUUAUUAUCAUCAUCAUGGUGGUGGUGGUAUUGUGA